AUGAAACGGUUGGCUGUUGUUGGUGGUAGAUUGUCGUUGUCCACACCGAGAUCAGCCACUGGGUUCGACACUCGGGGAUCAUUGAGAUGUCAUUCUAAUCGGCCAUCGAGGUCUCGUCGACAGGACGGCGGUGAUAGGAGGCGUCGUGGUUCGUCAGCUGAGUUCAGGCAGAAUGGGAACAGGCGAGACGGAGGAGACAGUCGCAAAUGGAGAAGCAGAAGUCCAAGGGAUAUGGUUUACUUUGUGCGUCCUGAUCCACCACCUCCGCCAAAAUUUGAUCCGGAAACCCUUGGUUUCGCAUGGACAAAUCCAAGCCAACGUAUUGGAAAGCAUCCCGCUGUGAUCAGUUUUCUAAAUGAGCAGGGGAAGGAAAUGAAGAAAGCUUCAAAGCUGAGCAGCCACCAGGCAAAAACCUCAGGAGCAGCUGAGAGUGGCUCUGGAGUCAAUGCUGCGAAUGUGUUGGAAAGCGACAAUGCGGAGGUCAGUGAAAAUAACCCAACACUGUCGUUGAAGACAGGAAAGAAACCAAAGGAUGCUGGUCAAUAA